GAGGGAUGGGGAGCAGGGAAUUAUGGGUAAGGGAGGGUGAGCUCGGUGUUGCGCGCAGCUUCCGGUUUCCAUGGCAGCCAGGGGUGGGGUUAGCUGGGCCUGUCAGUUCCUUGUUUCCGUCCCACUUUCCCACAAUGCACGACGGUUAGUGCUAUUCCGGGAACCUGCGAAUGAGUGACCGGCGUACCGGGAACCGGAACCAUGAAUUCCGGACAGAAGGAGCUGGUGAAGUUUGAGGACGUGGCCGUGUAUUUCUCGGAGGAUGAGUGGGAGUGUUUGGCCGAGGGGCAGAAGGAGCUGUACGAGGAGGUCAUGAUGCACAACUUUGAGCUCGUAACCUCUCUGGGGCUGCUGAUACAGAGAGACAAUUGGACUGAUCUGGAGUCGGACUCUUUUGAUGCCCCUGAGAAACAGAGUGCUGGGGGGCCGGAGCUGCACAUUAUAAUAAAGGAGGAGGAAGAGGUGGACGUGAGCCUGUCACCUGAUUCUGACGACUACAACUUCCUCGGGUCACAUUUCGGGGUCUCCUCGGGGUAUGUGCCGGCCUCAAUAAACCCUGAUUCCAGCGCAGCGUCUCAGAGACGGUUCUUCCCGGGCCUCUCCUCGCAGGGGGCACAGUCUCAGGACAGACGGGCAUCUGUAGAUCGGCCAUUCUCCUGCCCCGACUGUCAUCGCAGUUUCAUCCGCAAGUCUCACCUGAGCAGUCACCAGCGCACACACCGGGGGGAGAGGCCGUACCCCUGUGAGGUUUGUGGCAAGCGCUUCCAUUACCGGCACCAUCUGGUGGGGCACCAGCGCAUCCACACGGGGGAGAAGCUGUUUUCAUGCGAGCACUGCGGCAUCCAGUUCAACCACAAGGGCAACUACCAGACGCACCAGCGCUUGCACACGGGGGAGCGCCCCUUCUCCUGCGACCUGUGCGGCAAGAGCUUUAACCGUAAGGCGGAUCUGAUCACGCACUGCCGGGUGCACACGGGGGAACGACCCUUCGCUUGCGGCGACUGUGACAGGAGCUUCAGCCGCAAACAGCACCUGGUCACUCACCGCCGCCGCCACACCGGAGAGACGCCCUUCCCAUGUGACCAGUGUGAGCAGAGAUUUGCCCAGCGCAAGGCCCUACUGCGCCACCAGGAAUCGGCUCACUCGGCCGAGCGCCCCCACAGCUGCGCCCAAUGUGGGAAAGGAUUCGCCUGCCUCUCGCACCUCCUCACACACCAGCGAGCGCAUCAGAAUGGCGGGAGCAGCUGUGGGGCGGGCGGGAAGCCCUUCUCCUGUGACCAAUGCCGCAAAAGCUUUGUAGCCAAGCCUCACCUGCAGGCGCAUCAGAGGAGCCACUCACGGGGGUCAGGGGAGCGCCCCUACACCUGCACAGACUGCGGCAAAGGCUUCAACAGCCGCCAGUACCUGAGCCGCCACCAGAAGAUCCACACGGGGGAGCGGCCGUUCCGCUGUAAUGUGUGCGGGGACAGCUUCAUCCAGAAACCCAACCUGGAGCGCCACAAGGGCAUUCACAGCGGCCAGCGGCCAUUCCCAUGCUUGGUCUGCGGCGGCACUUUCUAUAAGAAGCACAACCUGGUCAGGCACCAGCGCAUUCACACCGGCGAGCGGCUGCAUUUCAGCUGCAAAGUCUCCCAGCCGCCACUCACACAGACUCCGCCCCUUCCUGAACAGGAGCCGCAGGCGGGGAGUCCCUGUAACAACCUCUGCUGAAUCACUGGCACCACCGGGCAGGUUUAGACUUACCCAGUAGAACGACUGUACCAAAUGGCAAAGUGCCACUGUAAUAAUGGUGCCAGGGACACUGCCUCACCCCCGCAUGGAAAAUGUGGAAGUGGCACAUAGAGUGCAGGAUUUGCUGGCUGAACAAGAGAGCCCCCCAUUCAGUGAGACAGAGUGGGUUAGAUCCAUCGCACAUGGAGCAGAGUGAGGUGCAACUGGGUUAGAUUCAUCCCACACACAUGGGGCAGAGUGAGGUGCAACUGGGGGUUAGAUCCAUCACAUAUGAAGCAAAGUGAGGUGCAACUGGGGGUUAGAUCCAUCCCACACACAUGGGGCAGAGUGAGGUGCAACUGGGUUAGAUCCAUCCCAAACACAUGGGGCAGGUUGAGGUGCAACUGGGGGUUAGAUCCAUCACAUAUGAAGCAGAGUGAGGUGCAACUGGUGGUUAGAUCCAUCCCACACACAUGGGGCAGAGUGAGGUACAACUGGGUUAGAUCCAUCCCACACACAUGGGGCAGAGUGAGGUACAACUGGGUUAGAUCCAUCCCAGACAUGGGGCAGAGUGAGGUGCAACUGGGGGUUGGAUCCAUCCCACACACAUGGGGCAGAGUGAGGUGCAAAUGGGGGUUAGAUCCAUCCCACACAUGGGGCAGAGUGAGGUGCAACUGGGGGUUAGAUCCAUCCCACACAUGGGGCAGAGUGAGGUGCAACUGGGGGUUAGAUGCAUCCCAAACACAUGGGGCAGAGUGAGGUGCAACUGGGUUAGAUCCAUCCCAAACACAUGGGGCAGAUUGAGGUGCAACUGGGGGUUAGAUCCAUCACAUAUGAAGCAGAGUGAGGUACAACUGGGGGUUAGAUCCAUCCCACACACAUGGGGCAGAGUGAGGUGCAACUGGGGGUUAGAUCCAUCCCACACACAUGGGGCAGAGUGAGGUGCAACUGGGGGUUAGAUCCAUCCCACACACAUGGGGCAGAGUGAGGUACAACUGGGUUAGAUCCAUCCCAGACAUGGGGCAGAGUGAGGUGCAACUGGGGGUUAGAUCCAUCCCACACACAUGGGGCAGAGUUAGGUGCAACUGGGGGUUAGAUCCAUCCCACACAUGGGGCAGAGUGAGGUGCAACUGGGGGUUAGAUCCAUCCAAAACACAUGGGGCAGAGUGAGGUGCAACUGGGGGUUAGAUCCAUCCCAAACACAUGGGACAGAGUGAGGUGCAACUGGGGGUUAGAUCCAUCAGACACAUGCAGCCGGGGGUUAUGUAUUAUCCUAUAGGGAGGGUCCACUCUGUCACAUAUUAUGUGUUUCCCAUAUUGCUGCCUGAUUGCAGUGUAAGUGGCCCCUUGGGGCCCAUUAAUUAGGAAAGACAAGUAGAGAUUGUGGGGCCCCAGAUACACACUAUGGGGCUGCAUGAAGGUGUGUAAAGCAGCUCUAUGUACAGGAGCGUCUGAUUGGUCAGCAGCAUGUGACACGUGGGGGUCCCACUAAUAUGGAAACCAGAUCAUUUCCUGUAUUCAUUAACCCUUUGAUGCCCAGGGCGGUAUAACAUGACAGUGUAACCGCAGGCUAUUGCCCCCUGGCUCCUGUAGAACUCUAACUCCCAAUAGAGGGGCACAUGUUGAAUGGUCCCUAGCACUCUAUGUUGUUGCACUUGAACCAGUGAGAUGGAGAUCUGCCAUUAUAUGUCUCAGCACUGGGAGUGAGCCGAUGCUGGGGCUCUGUGGGAUGACAAGUGUAAGUUAAAGGGGAACUUGUGUGUUCUACGUGAGACAAUAAAUGGGCCUUGCUUGGA